CUCAAGCAGCUCUGGUGCGCACUGCGCAUGCUCACUUCGUGAUACGGAAGAAAGGAAAAUGUCUCUAGCGAGCUUUUUACCAGCGCCGACGCAGCUGUCACAGGACCAGUUAGAAGCCGAGGAGACGCUUCGUGCCCAGAAGUCGUACUCCACCGCUCUGGUCGCGUCCCGCAGAGAGCCACCUCCAUACGGGCACAGGAAAGGCUGGGUGCCCCGCGCGCUCGAGGACUUCGGAGAUGGAGGAGCUUUCCCAGAGAUCCAGGUGGCCCAGUUUCCUCUGGAAAUGGGCAGAAAGAGGAAAACRUCCAACGCCCUGGCAGUGCAAGUAGAUGCUGAAGGAAAAAUCAAAUAUGAUGCCAUCGCCAGACAAGGACAGGGAAAGGAAAAGGUGAUCUUUAGCAAGUACACUGACCUGCUGCCAAAAGAAGUUCUUAACGAAGAUGCUCAAGAGCUGCAGCGACCUGAUGAGGAAGCCAUAGAAGAGCUGACAGAAAAGACCCGUGCUGCCCUAAACAAACAGGUGUCUCAGAAGAUUGCUGCUGCCAUGCCUGUUCGAGCUGCAGACAAACAAGCCCCUGCACAAUACAUCAGAUACACCCCGUCYCAGCAGGGAGUGGCUUUUAAUUCUGGAGCCAAACAGAGAGUGAUCCGUAUGGUGGARAUGCAGAAAGACCCCAUGGAGCCUCCCCGUUUCAAAAUCAACAAGAAGAUCCCCCGAGGGCCUCCAUCACCCCCCGCCCCUGUUAUGCACUCUCCAAGCAGAAAGAUGACAGUGAAGGAGCAGCAGGAGUGGAAGAUCCCUCCAUGCAUUUCCAACUGGAAGAACGCAAAGGGCUACACCAUUCCUCUGGACAAACGUUUAGCUGCUGAUGGGAGGGGUCUGCAAACCGUCCACAUCAACGAAAACUUUGCUAAGUUGGCAGAGGCGCUCUAUAUCGCUGAUAGAAAGGCCAGGGAGGCUGUGGAGAUGCGAGCUCAGGUAGAAAAGAAGAUGGCUCAGAAAGAGAAGGAGAAGAAAGAGGAGAAGCUCAGAGAGCUGGCUCAAAUGGCUCGAGACCAAAGAGCGGGGAUUAAAAGCCACGGUGACAAAGCAGGUGGUGACGACAGCGAGGCCAGAGGGCGUGAUAUGAUCCGCAUUGACAGAAAGAAGGACCGACAGCACGACAAGAACAUUUCCAGGGCUGCUCCCGAUAAGAGGUCAAAGUUACAGAGGGAUCAGGACAGAGACAUCAGUGAGCUCAUUGCUUUGGGCAAACCCAACCCUCGUUCCACCAGCGAAGCUCAGUACGACCAGCGGCUCUUCAAUCAGAGCAAGGGUAUGGACAGUGGUUUUGCUGGUGGUGAAGAUGACACGUACAACGUGUACGAUAAGCCGUUCAACAGUGGCAGAGACAUGGCCUCCAACAUCUACAGGCCCAGCAAGAACAUCGACAAAGAUGCCUACACAGAUGACUUYGACUCACUUAUGAAGAACAACAGGUUCGCUCCUGACAAAGAGUUCUCUGGUGCCGAGCACGGGCAGAGGAGAGAAGGACCGGUUCAGUUUGAGGAGGAUCCCUUCGGUCUGGACAAGUUCUUGGAGCAGGCCAAGCAGCACGGCGGCUCCAAGAGGCCGUCCACCAGCACCCGCUCCAAGGACGACUACCACGACAAGAAGCGCAGGAAGGAGUGAGAACAGCUCGAAGCACAAACUGACAGCUGGUGGCUGUUUUGGAAGAAGAGUGGGAYGUUGCAUAAACUUGUCUCACAAAACUGUACAUGUGUUGAUCUAAAAAAAAAAGUGUGUAAAAUUGUCCUUUUUUAAACCUCUUUUUGGUUCUUUAAUCUGUUGAUCAUUUCUGAAAAGUUAAAUACAACUUGGUCAAAAUGAUCCUUGUUUAAGCUCAGACUAAUGCAGAUACAUCCUGUAUUUUUGUGCUCUAGAACUGAAGUAGUAUAUUUUGUACAUAUAUAAAAGUAGCCCCAACAGGAAACUUCACAGGAACAUUUACUGCUAAAUAUUUGCUUUUUUAUUUCUCAUUUAUUUUUAGCUUUUAUUUAAGCUUCUGAUGUGUUUGUUGAGAACAGUCCAGCARAUUUAAACAAUCCGGAGGAAGAUAUUCAGUCAAGCUUUAUAAAUCCUGUACAUUGCUACUAAUGAAAUAAAUUUCGUAGUGCUAAAAUAUAAAGACCAUAAAAAA